AUGGACAUCCUACACGAUGAGAGCCUCAAUGAGCUCCCACCUCAAACGUCCUCCGCCGGUGCGUUAGCCACAGAGAAGCUAUCCAAAUUUCUCGACCAGCAAAGAAAUGCACAUCUAGAAGAGAAUUUUGGACAAGAGAAGGGGCUCUCGCGGGUGAAAUUGGCCACUCAGCUCCUUUCCUUGGACACGACCAUCAGCAAUAGGAGUUCAAGUAUCCCUGAAGAGAUCCCGGAAAAUACUAUCGGCUUUCGCAAGAUUGGAUUCGGACAGUGCGGUCUCGUUUUCGAAUGGCCUGGCCGAGAGAUUGUAAUCAAAGUGGCUAGACCGGGCUUUCAGGACGCCCUCUGGGUCGACUACGAAGCCCAUAAAGCUGUCUACUCUGCUUUCUUGGCACAGGGAAAUGUCACUCAGUGUCGAGUUCCACGGGUAUACAACCACAUAUCAAAGGAGAACCGGUGGUGGCGGGAAAACAAGGGGCUGUUCACGGAACAGCACGACGAUUUUCCCAUCCCUGCUUCGGCACUCACUUCAGAACAUAUAUUGCCCUUGGCUGGAGUUAUACGAGAAACAUUAGUCGACAAGUACUGCCCUCGGAGCAUGCAACAAGCCGCACUGAAGAACUCCCUGAACCGCGAUUGUCUGGCUCGGGUCUACCUGGGCCGACGACGCUCGCCUCACCAGCCUCGACAGGUGAACUUUUCCCUCAGAAAUUUCAACCUGUGUCUUGAUCAAAUGAUGGACCUUGGCCUCCCCGUUUCAUCAUAUGCAUCGGCGAUUGGCGAAGCACUGGCAGUAAUCCACUGGGCUGCCAACGUGGAUGGGUACGAUGUCGAGUUUGUUCUGGGCAGCGAGGCCAUUGUUGGUUUACAAUCGCCGAAAACUCCUUCUUUGCAUACUACUCUAGAGCCCCCUUGGACCGCAACUGAAGACAGGAGAAAGACUACUCGAAUCUGGGUGCUCGACUUUAACUUGUGCACCCAAUGGGAGGAGAAAACCGGAUGGGAACAACCCGAGGCCCUGGUUGAGCAACUCGUGAUGGCGUUUUUCGAAAACGACCCGUACUACCCGUUACCACUGAUGGAUGAUGACCUGGGCAAGCAACUCUGGUCUGUCUUCCGGGAUAGUUACUCGACCAAGGCGGAAGAGGUUCUAGCAGAGAAGGACGAGAGGCUGAGGGCGCUUCCACAUACAUUCAUCGAAGCCUGUAUUGAAAGGGAGCGGCAAAAUAUCGAUAAUGGACUGGGACAUGGGUAUCGCCAACACAAGGGGUAA